AUGACAAAUAAUCUCAAGCACCCAUACGAAGAUCCACCAUCGUCCCCAUCUUCAAGCGCCGGCGAGAGAGAAAUAGAGUUCGUGUCGUCUCAAGAAGAUGAAGAUGAAGAAGGGCGCCAGCACACCAUCUUCUCUUCUGAUGAGGACGAACCAGAAGAUCCUCCACCGAGGAGUUCCGGCGAGGCUCAGCUGUCAGGGAGGAAGCGGCUGAGUGAAGGGAUCUCAAGUAGCAACGUGAGUUCGAAACGAGCCAAGAAAGGUGAGAAGAUGGGAACUAAGAAUAGACGGUUUAGUGAGAAAGAUGAGAUUGUUUUGCUACAAGGCAUAGUUGAUUACAAAGGGAAGAAUCCAUUAGAAGAUAAGCGUUCACUCUACGAAUCAAUGAAGGGUUCUUUUAGCUUUGAUGUUACCUUGGAUCAGUUCAGGGAAAAGAUUCGUCAUAUGAACAACAAAUAUACAGCUAAAGAGAGGAGCGGUGAACAGCAGGCUUCUAUUUUGAAUCCUCAUCAGCAAAAGUGUUUUCAGUUAUCAAAGGCUAUUUGGGGAGCUGAUGGGAUAGCUUUUCAAUCUGCUAACGGUAAGUUAAAGAAGAGUGAGGGGAGAGUGUCAAAGAAGCGUGACUUGGUCUCUUCACUUAUGGGUAAGAAGGCCCAAGAAGGUAGUAAAAGAGGAGAUACUAAGAAUGCACCACUUGUAGAGAAAGAAUCUGAUUGGGAUGAAAGUUCUUUCUUUCUUGGUAUGGAUUUUUUGAAAGAAAAAUGGACCAAGGUUCCAGCUGAGACUAAGAAGGAAACACAAGAGAAGAUGAAGAAGUUGCAUGCGAAUGAACUUGAAUGUCAAAAGUUUGAAAAGAUGUUGAAGACUAUGAAAGAUAAAUGUGCACAUGACAAGGUAGAGCUCUUGAAUGAGGUUACCUCUUUGAUCAUGGCAGCAGAUUAG